UAAAAAUGGUUAAUUUAAUACAAACAUGUUUCUGAUGAGAAAAAUGCAUCAGAAAUCUGAAAACAAUAAUAAAUAAACAUGUUUCUGAUGAGAAAAAUACAUGUCUCCCAAUAAGACUAGAUUGUCAUUUGACUUGUCCAGCAUAUCCUCUACUUUAUUUUUGCAUUAUUCUUGUAGAACUUUUCAAACACACAUGAGACACUAGAUUCUUCAAAUAUCAAUUUCAAACCCAAAAGCUCAAUAAAACUCCCACAGAUUCCAGCUUUUUUCAAACACCUACAUCUCUCUUUAUCUCAAAACCUCCAUGGAAGAUUACAGAUCAAGAUCAAUAUCAAGAUCAUACAAUUACAGUGAUGACAGAGAUGUGCAAAUAGAGAGAUACCAUGGUGGGAUAGGACCAAGAAGAUCCAACUUUGAAACCAACCAACCUUAUAAUUUGAGGUCUUAUAGUGUUUCAUAUGGUCCACCGCCAAGAACCAAUAUGGAUCUUGUUGUUGCAGGCACUGGUAGAGAUGUUGACUUCAAGAAUCAAAAGUCAACUACAAAAUCAUGGAGUUUUAAUGAUCCUGAGUUCCAAAGGAAGAAGAGAGUUGCAAGCUAUAAAGUCUACUCUGUUGAAGGAAAAGUCAAAGGGUCUUUUAGGAAGAGUUUCAGAUGGAUUAAAGAUAAGUACACCCAUGUUGUUUAUGGAUGGUGGUAAAUUGAUAUUAUAUAUACAAAAUGAUUUGCAUCUGUUUAUGUUUGAUGUAUUGUUUUCACUUUUAUUCUCUAAUGAUUUUGUGAAAACAAAAAUAUUGUUUUUUUUUUUUUUUUUGAUGUGAUGUGAUUGCAUAUAAAACGAAGGAUUCAGUUUUAGUUUAUAAGAUUCUCUCUUCUUGUGAAGAUGAUUUUCUGGAUUUAAGUGUGAUGAAGGGUAUUCUAGAUAUUUAAUAGUUGAGAAAUUUGUAUUAGGGUAAAUUUUGUGUAUUGUGGUAUAUUCAUAUUGAGUAUUGUAAGAGCCUUAUGUUUAUAGCC